GUGGCAGACACCAGCCCCACAGACAGCUGCUGUGCUCAGUGAUGACAGAUCUGCUCUAUCUCAUGAUCAUCAGAACCAGAAGAAGACCACCAUACUCAUCCCUGCCUCCAGUCCUGCCCUCCACACUCUACUGACUGGGGGACCCUCAUCUGGAUCCAGUAUUCAGUGUUGCUAUGGUGGAGAAAGUCCAACGCCCUCUGGUGACCAGUCUUGUGCACAGCAGAGAAGAAUCUCCAGAGGGCUCUGAAAAAGGCUCACAUCUUUCCUUGGGCAAAGGAACAUUAGAAGGAGCAAAGUCUGGAGUAAGUAACAUGGGAGGGCGUCCAGCUGCUGCCAAUGCUGCCCGUGAGAGAACCCGGGUACAAACUCUGCGACAUGCUUUCCUGGAGCUACAGAGGACAUUACCUUCUGUGCCUCCAGAUACAAAACUUUCAAAGUUGGAUGUUCUCAUACUUGCCACCACCUACAUUGCACACCUUACCCGCAGUCUCCAGGAAGAAGAUGAAAACAGCCAAAGCCAUCAGUCCACAACUCCCGGUAAUUCUGGCAGUGUCAGUCCAGAUCUUCUAGGAAGUCUGCACAGUGGGGAUGGAUACUUACAUCCUGUCAAGAAAUGGCCCAUGAGGUCUAGACUAUAUAUCGGGGCCACUGGGCAGUUCCUCCACCAUUCUUCAGGAUCAGAGGGCCUGGACCACGAGGAGACCAUGCAAAGAUCAGAAUGCUAAGACUGGCGCUCUUCACUGUGCUGAAAAAUUUGACUUUAUUCUCCUGUCACUUUCUGUGUUUGGAAAUUCCUGCAUGAAUCACCUUCUGCCUCAAAGGCUGUUUUAAACUGA